AUGCAUAUGACAGCAAUUGAUUUUAUUCUCCAGCCUUUUCCAAUGGAAAAGUGUUAUAUCUCAAGAGGGUCAAGACAGGAAGUUAUGGUACAAGUAAAAGCAGAUGAAAUGAUGAUGAUGAUGACAAACAACGAGAAGACAGGAGAACUACAAUAUCUUGUGUGGAAAUUUGAGCUGGAAGAGUAUGAUAUUGACUUUAGUGUCAUGUUUAUACCUGAGCUACCGGAGAUGGAGGAGAAGGAGAGGAAGGAGGAGGAGCCAUUUGUUGAUAUUGUACAUGCUCGGACAAGAUAUGUAUCUACAACGACAGGACAAGCUAUUGAAGGCGUGUAUCAAUGUAUACAACCAGGAAAAGCAAGACUUGUGUGGGAUAACUCGUACUCGAGACUACGAGGGAAGAAUGUUUUGUACCAGAUACAAGUAGUAUCAAGCAAGAUUAUGGAGUCUGCUACUGCUGCAGCGGAUGCGUUGGAUGAAGCUCUUCGGGCGGAAAAAGCACGUGACGAAGAACGGAAUGUAGCUUUGUCCACAGCGCUUGUUGUAAGUCCUGCAAAAUUAGAUGCAAAUGAAUGUUCUGCAUACUCGGCGUAUAUUCCCGAGGCUAUCGCUCAGCAGAGCUGGUUGCUGAGUGCGCCCAUGAAUGUGGCUGGACACUUGGUAUCAAAGCUUUUUGGAGCCCAGGAUACAACAGCGAUGGUACCGUUGUCAAGAACCCAACACAAUGCAGGGUCCGACAGCGAAGCACGGAGUUUGCUGGAAGAGCUGAAUGGACUCAACAUGCAGUUGAUGGAGCGAAUGGAAAGUCAUGAGGAUAAUGUUGCCAAGCUAACCGCAGAACGCGAUCAAGAACGAUCGAAGACACAAAUGGCGCUUGUGGAGAAAGAAAAUCUUGCAAACGAAGUCAAGGUGAAAGAGCAAGAAUUAGCUGCUGUUGCUGGUGAGCUUCAGAGGAUACAAAGAGAACGCGAAGCAUGGCGUGUGAUUCAAGCAGAACGAGAUGCUUUGCUUGAAGAAAAACAUCGUUGGGCAAUGACGGAUGACUUCAAUGGUAGUGAUGAAGAAGCUUCGAACGUGGCUACCGAUAUGGACUCAGCGACUCGUAUUCGUCUUGAGAAAGAACUUGGCAAGGCGGAAGCUGCAGUACUGCGGUGCCGCGCAGAGUUGGGAUACUCGUUGAACAAUCAUCUCACGGGAACUUCUACUCGAUUGGAAAAGAUUGCUAGAGAAAUGGCGACGACAAAGCAACAAUACGAGGAGCAAAUGCAAACGUGGGAAUGCGAUCGUUUGCAGCUGACGCAGCAUCUCGUGAAAGCUCGUGGCCAAAGGCGCGUCCUAAUAACGGAGGUACGUAAUAUGCGCACCCAGACUGAAGGACAGAUUGCAGUGGCCAUGGCGGAAGCGAGCGAGGCACGAAUGGUGAACAAAAGUUUGAAAAAGCAAAAUGAGCUAUUGCUGACACAGAUACGAGCGCUAAUUAACGAAGCUGCAGACAUGGAGAAAAAGUUUCAGGAUGUUCGAGAUGAACUAAUGCAGCAGCAGCAACAACGACAAGAUUCACAACUGGACGGGCAAGCAAGAUUGUCUGGAGUCAAUCAAACAGAAAAUGAAGUUGCAAUGCUAGACCUUUCAGUAAAGUGUGAGCAGCCAUCGUUCAAACCACAGCCAGAGAUUCAAUAUAUAGAUAGCCGUACAAGUCAAAGUGAUGACAGACAAGAGACGACAACAGAAGGACAAGUUGAUGCCUCACCUGUUCCAUACACACUGAACGAGGACGACAUUGCUAUCUUAAGUGGCCAUCGACGACAACCUUCUACAUCUUCAGGACCAGCAUAUGAUUCUUAUCAAACGCAAUACGAAGAUGUCCCGCCAAUACCUCCCUCGUCAUCCAAGUCCCCGAUCGAUCUUACAAAAAAUCCGUACCGUGCACGUCUAAUCACUUUUCUUACCGAAUGUGAUCCCGAAAAACUACCUGAAGUGGAUGAAAUGCUCACAAACUACAAAGGUGUCGAAGAGUCUCUUUUUAAAAGCUUAGAGCUGAAAUACAACUUCAUGGCACUCAAUCAACGCAUAGCACAAGUACUAUAA